UCUCUCACCAUCACUUCCCCCAUCGUCUCAAUACUGACUAAACUGAACAUCCUACCCAAAACCUAAUCACUCUGCUACUGUAUUUGUUCUUUGUCUAAGGUUGUUCCGUGGGCCGCCGUCACAGCUGAUUGCAGCAAUGGCCGAAGUUGCAGCCUCAAAUGUUCCAUCCUUAUCUGAGCAAUAUUUACUGAAAGAGCUUGAAGAGAAAUCCCCAGUGGCAGCAAGUCCAGUGGAAGAAGCUGAGGUUAAGGCCCCCUCAACUGCUCCAACUGAAGAAGUUAUUUCCAAGACUGAGGAAAAUACAGUGGUUGAGAGCAGCGAAGUUGCCCCUGCACCAGAGGAAAGCAGUGAAGCUGCAGCUGAAGCUUCUCCAGCUGUGGAGCCUGCCACUGAUGAAAGCAGUGAAAGUACUGAAGAUGAGACGUCAGAAAAUCAGGAAUCUGCUGUUGAAGAAACCCCUGAGAUUAAGCUUGAGACAGCACCUGCUGACUUCCGUUUCCCUACUACAAACCAGACGAGGCACUGCUUUACAAGAUAUGUUGAAUACCAUCGGUGCACAGCAGCAAAGGGUGAAGGUGCACCCGAGUGUGACAAGUUUGCCAAGUACUACCGUUCUCUUUGCCCUGGUGAAUGGAUUGACAGAUGGAAUGAGCAGAGAGAGAAUGGCACCUUUCCCGGACCAUUGUAAAUUGUGGUGCCCAAAUGUUCAGUCCCUGCUGCAUUUGAAUUCUAAAGUGAAUGGGAGAGUCCAUUUUUGUUAUCAAUAAAUUUAAGCGUGCUUAUUGGAACUAGCUCAAGCCUUCAAUGAGUUACACUGCUACAAAAAGUUGUUUCAGAUCAUCAAUUCUUGAGUUAACGUCUUCUUAAAUACAAUUUUAUGCAUCGAUCUCUUGUAGUAGUGAUGUAUCAUCUAGUACAAUCUGUUGGCAUUUCAUAAAUGAUUCAAACUGAUGAUGAAUAAUAGCAGACAAAUAAUGCUUAUUUUUUCA